UUCCCAUAAACUCACUUUCCCAUCUUUGCUCCCAGCUGCCACCCAGUGCGUUUGAGUGGCCUGUUGUAUCCUCUUCUCUUUUGCCGAUACCGCCAAGCCAACGCGUCUUGAAGGUGCAGUCAUCGCAGUCUCACCUCCUUCCAAAGAUUCUGCAUCUGGUUUACCCCCUUCCAACUUGCCCUCAUCGGCCCCUUCUUUAUCCUCUUGUACGUUUAUCACUUCCGCGAAUGCAACAGCAAAGCAUCCAUCCUUAUGCCAUUUCAGCACCGCCAGCUCCUUCAUACUCGCUACGCUAUAAACCCGCACCUUGGUAUCCCACCCCGCAGUAGCGAAUAUCCGCCCAUCGCUCCUGAUUCGUAAGCUCUGCUGCCCAGAGUGCUUCGUCUGGACGACUUUCAGGGGUUUCGUAACGACUUCAGGUUUCACGGGUGGCUUGGGUGGCUUUGCCGAAGGAGUGGAUGGGUACUGCGCGAACAUCCCAGAGAGGAGCGAGGGGUUCUUAACUGGAACCUUCUGAGGGGUUGGCCCUGGUUGUGGCUGGACAGGUUGGGCUAGCGGAGGAGAUAGAGAGGAAAGGGGGUGUUUGGCGAUUAUUCCAUCGGCGCCGCUGGUGAUAUAGGAUGCCAUGUUCAAGGUGACACCGAGGGAGAGAAUAGGCUGGGAAUGAGGCUGCGCGAGGUAGAGCCUACACCAGCCAAUGACGGGGUUGUCCUGCACGACCAUUGUGUGGCCACUUUCAUAGCCCACAACGAGAGUGAGCCGUGAGGAUACGUAGAGGAUGGCGACAGACAUGACCAUGCCCGUGUUGGUGGCCUUGUCCCCGGGGACUGUAAUUAAGCGUUUCUGGGAGGGGAGAUGGAAGAUGUCGACCUGGAGAAUGUUAGCUGUGAUGGAUGAAAGAUUGCGGUGGAUACUAACGGCUUCGGAGCUCAUGGUGUUCGGGACGGCGAUGAGAAGUUCAUCUUGAUUAGGUGAGGGGGUGGUCUCAGUUGAUAUAGGACCAGGAAGUUGUUUUGCAAUGCAGUGGCCGAAUGAGCAGAAGUUCAGCGAGUUGACGUCCAGUACGUAGAGGAGCCAUGGCUGCUUCCUGGGGGUCAUUGGGUCCUCGACGGGGAGGGUUGCGCUCAGGGAGGCCUCGUCUUCUUCCGAGAACUUCCAAACUAUGAGCUUAUUGUCCUUGCCAUGACUUCAAAGCUAUUAGUAACCUUGCAUAACACGAGGAAUAAGAUAUAAUAGAAGAGUUAGUGAUAUUUAAAAAAACAUCUCACGUGAUUAGUCUGUCCGAUCCCCAUUCAGCAACACCGAGGAUGGCGGCCUUGUGUGCCCUCCACACGGCCGUGGAUCUUCGUGAGGCUAGACCCCAGACCACGAUCCAUCCCUCCGCAUCGCCAGUGACGAGGCGAGUGUUUCCUCUUAUGAACUGCGUCGAAUGGAUCUGCGCCGCAUGGCCGCGGAAGAUAUAUGUUGCUUCCGGAGGCGGCUGUGGGAGCGACAUAUGUUGAAUUUGUAGAGUCUAACUUGAACUGUUUGAGGGUUGAUGAGCCUGGGUGUACCAUAUCCUCAGUAGCUCAUACACUAGAUUACAUGGUCCAGGCACCAAUUGCGCAUCUAUCAACCCGUCUAUCUUAUCGAACAUCUCCGCCGCGGCAUUACUCGAACCCCCCCCUUCACCAAAUAUUCCUAAACAGAGUGCCACCGAGCGACCCCAGUAUCGCAUCCACCAGACCAACCUGUCCCCGACAUCCAUCCCCUGCUAUCUCACAUGCAAAUGUUCGUGCGACGAUAAGGCGCAACGCGACGUAGUUGCGGAUAACAACAGUUUUUGGCCCCAUAUGACUUCGGGCAUCGCAAACUCGCUGCCAAUCGACCAGCACUUCCGGCUUGCGCGCCGCUGGGCACAACUACCCCGUUCCUUCAAUUGGCUUCAACAACCUCUGCGAUAAACCCGAAGAACCCGUACCGCCUCUUGAGGCGCGGCACUGUCGAGCCGGUUGCCACCCGGCAGCCCCCAAUCCCUUAUACUCGAGAAGCAGCGCCCAUACUGCGCCUGCGCAUAUGCCCAUGACGGCUCUCGACUCCCCCGGCUCUGCCGUGGUGGCUGGCGAAAGCUCUGUUGCCAGCGCAAGUAAACCGAGGAGAGUGAGAACUGGGUGCUUGACAUGCAGAGAACGGCAUCUGAAAUGCGACGAAGGGUUGCCGCAUUGCCUGAACUGCAAGAAGUCUGGGAAAACAUGCAGGCGUGGGAUAAAACUCAACUUCCACUGGAUGGACGUUAGAGACCCAGCAAUUCUUCCGCCGACAGCGGAUUGGUCUGUUCAAUUUCAAGACGAAUCUCGACUCAUUGCUUCGGAAUACAAGGGCGGCCUGGGCCAAUACAGCGCAAUAGAAACGGUCACAAUCACGCCUUCUCACGAGCCUGUUUUUGAGUUCAAUAUUUCAAUCGAUCCGACUAUCACCAUGCAUAGCAACCAAAACUCGAUAUUACAACCAGGGGUCCCAGGGUUAUAUACAGAGACCAGGGGGAUUGGCAAACAUGGCUACCAGCAGCAGGAAGAUAACCGUCACCUUAACCCUCAUCCCGGCAACGAGGUUUCAUAUAUGCCUUCAAUGGCCCCAGCUUCAUAUGGGAACCCGGAGGCAAUACUCGCACCUCUGGAUGUUGCUAGGGGAUACCUCAGCGAUCCGCAGGAGAUUCUCCUCAUGCAGGUAUUUGUGGAAGAAGUUGGGUUAUGGAUGGACAGUAUGGACAAGAUGAAGCACUUUUCUCGACUCUUGCCUUUCCAUGCUCUGCAAGAACCAAUGCUUCUUAAUGCCUUCCUUGCUUGCGGAGCGCGGCAUCUCUCACUUGUCAAUCCCCUAUACAACGAGGAUAAGGCCCUUUCCUAUUACGAUACAGCCACCACGCUACUAUUACGAGCACUACAAAACCCAGAUCGAGAUACGGUCGUCUGUGCUACUUCGGCAGUUAUUCUCAACGUCUAUGAGAUAAUGUCUGAGCGUGCAGUUCAACGCAUGAAUCACAUUGCGGGCGCUAGAGCUCUGAUCAAGGAAUGUGGCUGGAAUGCUCGGUCAACUGGUAUUGGUGCGGCUUGUUUUUGGGUCAAUGUUGGCAUGGAGCUGUUAUCUUGUCUACACUUCAACUGGCAAGUGGCGUGGGAACCAGACCAAUGGGGUGUGGAUAUGGACUUUUCGCAAGGGCGAGAAGGCGGGAGCGAAGAACUCUGGACACAUCGCAUGGUGUAUAUCACGGGGAAGGUUUCAAAUUUCAGGGCCGCAACCCCAAAAUUUCAAGAGGCAACCGCGCACGAAGAACAAUUAGGGCAGCAACGCCGGUAUGCGGAGUGGCAAGACUUGAAGAACCUCUGUGACAGCUGGAAUCAAAGUGUUCCAAGAACUAUGCACCCUGUGGGAUUUCUUUUUCCCCAUCAAACCUCAUCCAAGUCACUGUUCCCGGAAGUCUGGCUGCUUAAACGAUCCGCAAUCACCGGCCGACUGUUCUAUCACACUGCAAUGUGCGUCGUAGCACAGAACAAUCCUAUGUUUCCAAUGCCGAAUCCCGAAAUGGCGAGUCUCCUUCACGACCAUGCACACCAAAUAUGUGGUAUUGUCGCCCACGUCAAGGAUAGGGGCGUUGCCUCAAUAGCAUUGCGGUCAUUGGCCCUGGCCGGUGAAACUCUCGUACAGCGCGACGAGCAGGAAGAGGUAAUACGCAUAUUUGAGAAAGUGCAGAAGGAGACCGGAUGGAAUGUCACGUACGUGAUGAAAGAACUCCGCGAUAAAUGGGGCUGGAUUUCAGAAGAGCAGAUGUUAAGAGACCAAAUGGCUUUUAACCAAUUUGCUCGUAAUGCUGGGCUUGCGGCGAAUGCAAACAUGUCGACAGCGGGGCAAGGCCUACAGGGUGGACAGCAGCAGCAACAGCAACCUCAACAGCCACCGAAGAUGAUUGGAGGGAUACUGAACCCAUUGCUCGCCAGGGCAGACUUUUCACUGCCGAAUCAUCCGUACCAGGCGUAUUAUCAGCCGCCGAGAGUUCAUGAUUUACAGGGACAGGGUCAAUAUGGCCAGGAUUACUUUUGAAUGGGUAAGUAAUGGUCGAAGAACUAUAUAAGGUCGCGAGAGGGGUGUUAUGAUUCAACGAAGGUGUAUUUAGUAUCGCAUCCUGUGUAAAUAGGUUGGCAGGCGUCUGGGAUGGUUGGCAAUGAGCGGGCGUCCACAUUUGGGGGGAAAUAUUUGUUAACUCUGAAGGCUCAGAAUUCUAGAGGGAUGGUGGAUAAUAGUUCGGGAUUUGGGGUAUUAUUAUAUUAGGGGGAACAUAAAUGUAUGUGGGUGAGGUACACAUAAGGGAUUCACUUCACAACUAAUAUAUUGGCGGGGGCACCUUCCACAAACAAUCACAACGAAACCUACCCA